ACAGUUCACUUCCUUAAGGUUGAUUCUUUGGCAUCUGAUUUGAACUGAGAAGAAAAGGAGAGAUUUACACAUAAAUCCACACAACUACAAACAAUUAUAGUUAUUUUAAAGGAUUGUUCUUCGAUUAGUGGAAAGUCGUUCAGUGAAGAUGGAAGACUGGGAGGAAGAGAUUCCACCUAUCCCUACAAAGGUGCUACCUAAAAGCAAAUGGGAUGAUGAAGAUAUUGAUGAUUCCGAUGUCAAGGAAUCAUGGGAGGAUGAAGAUGAACCUGUACCUCCUCAGCAACCUGUUGUGAAAGCUCCAGCGGAGAAGGCCCCCAAAAAGGCUGCACCCAAAGCUACUGAAAAGAAAGGGAAAACUAUUGAAGUAGCUAAGGAAGAGCCCCUUGAUCCAGUGGCCGAGAAACUUCGCCAACAAAGGCUUGUGGAAGAAGCCGAUUAUAGGUCAACUACUGAGCUCUUUUCCAAAAAAGGAGAUGAUAAGACUCUUGAUAAUUUUAUUCCCAAAUCUGAAAGUGACUUUGUGGAGUAUGCCGAGCUUAUUUCUCACAAGCUUUGUCCGUAUGAGAAAAGUUACCAUUAUACCGCACUACUCAAGGCCGUAAUGAGACUAUCAUUGACUUCUUUGAAAGCGGCCGAUGUCAAAGAUAUUGCAUCUUCAGUCACGGCAAUUGCAAAUGAAAAGCUAAAAGCAGAAAAAGAAGCCACAACUAAAAAGAAGACAGGUGGGAAGAAAAAACAGCUUCAUGUCGAUAAACCAGAUGACGAUUUGGUUGUCAAUGCUUAUGAUGAUGUCGAUGAUUAUGACUUUAUGUGAUUCAUUUCGUACAAAUACCACUUGGUGUUUGCAAUACAGAUCCAGUGGUUACUGCAGCAGCAAUGUAGAAGAGGAUCCAGCGGCUCUUUUCGUUUUCUUUUUUUUUUCUUCCAAUUUUUGGAGAAAUCCUUACCAUGGAUAUGAAUAGUGUUACAUGAUGAACCGUUAGAUUGAACUUUCAGAGACAAAAGUCUUCUAAGAUUGUUUUGGGCAGUUCCAAAAAGAACAAAAGAUCAAAGGAUGUUGUUUUGCCUAAUGUUGAAAACUGAUUCUAUUUGUAAGA